UACGGCUGUCCCUCUUUGUCCGGCAACGAGUAGGCCGCAAUUAACAUGGCCAAUUUCGCGUUUGGGGAUUAAAAUUAAAUCGUAAGUCUAUUUGACAUUGAUUGUUUGUCAUAUGAGGGUUGACAUCCAUGUCUUGAUGCAACAGUCAGGUGUAUAUGAAUGAGCUGUGUGAGCAAUGCUUCACAUUAUGUACCUUGCUUGCUGAGGGCUAAACGGCUAACGGUAGCUUGCUCGCGAAUUCAAAUCACGUUUGAAUUAAAAUUUGUGAUGAAUUCGCGCGUAACGCGUGAUUUACAAUCACAUUACACAUUCGGAUCGAUCGCGGUUUAAAAAUGGGGACACGUGCUUGGUGUGUUUGCUUUAAAUGUCAUUUAGAUAGGUAUCCAGGUAGAUACACAUCUGUAUGUGAUCACAUUGCAGGCAGGCAGAUGUGCAAUCACACCUAGUCAAAUCAUAAUCAUUUAUAAUAACUUUAAUAUUGCAUUCCCUGCUCUAUCAGCGGCUGGUUUGCGUGCUUGCAAAAAUCUCUCGUUUAUUAACUCAUUGUUUUCAGUUGUGACGCUUUUCCAGAUAGUAUUAUUAUUUGGGAUCUCAUGCAUCUAAUGGAUGCUACAGCUGACUCAAAACCUUCAUGUAUCCUUUAGACAUGUUGCAGAAUAUUAGAUACCUGACCUCAUUGGCCUAUUGGAACAGGUUCAGUUUUAUUUAAGCAUUUUCACGUGCAAUUCAUACCUGGGGCGGCGGGGUUGGUGCUCGUUGGACCCGAGGAGGUAUACGUCAAUUACACACAUUUCUUUAAAUGAACGGUGACAUGGCACCGCACCGACAGUCAUAUUAAUGGCGGGACAACAGGCGGGACAGAGUCAAGGAAAACGAGGCAAAGGUUCCCAGAUGAAGAGCCCAGAGAAAAAGAAGAGAAAAUCCAACUCUCAGGGGGCAGCGUUCUCCCACCUCUCUGAGUUUGCUCCCCCUCCCACUCCUAUGGUGGAUCACCUGGUGGCCUCUAACCCUUUUGAUGAUGACUUUGGUCCGCCAUUGCGGCCUGGUGGAGGAGGUGGUCCAGGUGGUGCCUCAUUCCUGCCUAGCCCAGGGGCAGGCGGAGGAGGCUAUGGCGGGCCCGGCCGAAUGGGAGGAGGUAUGGGAUUCAUGGGUGGGCCUGGAGGACCUGGAGGUGGCCAACCUGGCCGAAGACCACCAUUUGGUCCCCCGACACCAAACGCUGGACCACACCACCCACUUGGAUUUGGAGGCAUGCCUGGCUUUGGAGGUGGAGGAGGCGGAGGAGGUGGUGGAGGAGGUUUUCCACCUGGAGGGCCAUCCCAGUUUAACAUGCCACCCAAUUUCAGCCCUCCCAUGCACCCUGGGCAGGGCUUCAACCCGAUGCUGUCUCCUGGAGGAAUGGGUGGUGGUCCAGGAGGCGGAGGAGGUCCGCCUCACCCGCGGUUUGGGAUGCAUCAACAACAGCCUCCACAUGGGCAGGGGGGCCAUCCCUUCAACAGCCCACCUUUACCUGGGGGCCCUGGCCCUCGUGGGCCCCCGCAUGGCCCCAUGAACCCUAUGGGAGGUAUGGGAGGAGGAAUGAACAUGAUGGGAAUGGGUGGUCCAGGUGGAGGUGGUAAUAUGGUGGGCGGACACCCAGGUAUGCCUCCACAAGGACAGUUCCCUCCUGCACAAGAUGGUCCAUACCCUGGAUCAAGUCCCCCUGUAGGCGAAGAGGGAAAGAACUUUGGUGGUCCAGGUGGUGGUCCACCCAUCCCCUCUCAACAGCAACCAACCAACCUUAAUCCCUCUGGUCCUCCAUCCAACAACGCAACCCCUGGUCCAUCCCCAGCCCCUGGACCUCCACAGCCUGGAGGAGGUUUCCAAAGUCAUCCAGAUGUCCCACAACCCAACCCCAACACACCAGGGCAACCCCAGUCGGCUCCUCCACCCCUCAAUCCCAACUCUUCCCCAACGGGCCCUCUUAAUGGUCCACAGCCCCAACAAACGCCAACCAAUCAGCAUCCUGCACCCAACUCUACUGGUGGCCCUGGCCCCAACACUCCAUCCAAUCAGCAGCAACCAACACCACCAAACUCUACCCCAGGAUCUGGACCAUACAGCCAGCAAAACAAUGCUCCAGGAGGGUCAAUGUCAAACCAGCCGCCCAAUUCCAACCAGAACAACCUUAACAACAGCAGUGGCGGCAACACUCCAGGUAGUAACCCCAAUCCAACAUCCAAUUCCAACUCCACACCGAACACCCAGUCCCCACUUCCCAGUGGGCCUGCUCCGCCAUCUGCUGGCCCAGGCUCCGGUCCCCCAAAGCUUGGUGGAGGUAUGGUUUUCCCCUGUGGCCUCUGCAUGUCAGAAGUUCACGAUGACCAAGAGGCCAUCUUAUGUGAGGCAUCAUGCCAACGCUGGUUCCAUAGAGACUGCACAGGCCUAACGGAGCCAGCAUAUGGCCUGCUAACCAGAGAGAGUGCUGCUGUGUGGGCCUGCGACUUCUGCCUCAAAACAAAAGAGAUUCAAGCGGUUUAUGUGCGCCAGGGACUGGGACAGCUUGUGGCUGCCAAUGAUGGCUGAGGGACUGUUAUUAAGAGAAGGGGAAGUGUAUUUCUUGGUGCUCAAGGGUUGUGUUUCACAGUAAGAAAUGGCAAAAUUGAAAUGGAACUGAAAAAUAAGACUGAGAACCAGACCUCAUUAGCACUUUUAGGCCCCCUGUUUCUAAAUAAAGUCCAAAAACCAGAUGUGGAGAACUUUAAAAUCUUUGUAUAUAGUAUACCAUGGCACACUUUCAAACUUUCAGGUUUAUUCCGUUUUGAGAUGCACUCACUGGUCUUCAUUUGUCACAAAAAUGUGGAGAAUUGGAUUAGUUAUUUGAUUCUGGCCACAAUGAAAAGGCUAUGAUUAUCGUAUUCAAUACAUAUGUACGAGAAUUGAUGCUUUUGUGUGAUAUACCCUAAAUCAGCCCCCAAAGAGCUGUCCAACCUUGUUUUUUCUGUUUCAAACUCCAACUUGUUGAUCUGCAAAGCACUGAUGCCAACUGCUACCUCAAUUUGACAAAAGUCUGGCAAAGAACGCUUUGGCAUUAACUAAUGUAAUGGCAAGAGUCUGUAGUCACCACAUGACCUCUCCUCUCAGUGAUCUCUGUUUUAGUAUAUCCAAAGGUAACUGGCAGCAUCCUGCACCUUUGACUGACAAAAGGCAAAUAAAGGCAUGUAGAUAAUGAACAUUCACUAUGUCCAUUGUGGAAUACUGGUGAGAUCUUCAAAAGACAGAAAUUAGGGUCUUGUGAUUAUUGGUCAAUAAAACUCUUGAUUGUUUUUCUUCAUGUACAGCUACUCACUGUUUUUUCACACAAAAGUGGACAUUGGUGGAUGAUGGCGUAGCGAAUAGUGAUAAUCCAUAACUGUAUCAGUGUAUGUAUGUAGUCUUUGGAUUGCAUGUGAGCCAAUGCAGUACUUCAUCUGUUUUAAAUUGUUACUUUCUGAUGUUCCGAUUAGGCCUCAUCCUGGGCUAUGAAGUAGACCAAAUUACAGACUAAAUCGGAUGUUGUCGCAGAGUAAGAUUUUUGCCAUUUUUUUUCUAUUUUUGAUUUCUACAUUUCUGUCUAAGGUUGCCUUUUCUUAUUUGUUAUUUUGAAUGUACUUGUGUGUAUGCUGUUCUGUGUGCUUGCUCUGGUGCCCUCUAUUGGCCAGCAUUGAGUAGUAAUAUGGGGGUGUUCGGGGCUCAGGCUCAUACUGAAAGAAGUAAACUUAAUUGUUUUUUUUUUUUACGAGUGUCUGUUUUUGUGACCUUUUCAUUCUAUUAAAUUUGACAUUUGACCACCCUUUAAACCAGGCUAUGAAAUUUUAGACAUCAUAGAAUAAAUUUUAUAAGUCAUUAAUUUUGAACAGUUAAUGAUAUAGGGAAUGUUAAAAAAUGAUAAAGGUAUGCUAAAUUAUUUAAAAACAUCUUUCAAUUAUAAUUGGUAUUGCUUCUUUUUUCAGAUUAACAUUUUUAUUGGUUGAUUCUCAAACAUAACACAGAACAAAGCAAAAUAUACAUGCACAGAGUCAACCAUUAUCCCCCUUAACCACUAUUAAUUCCCUAUUCCCCUCCCAGUCCCCAACCCCCAACAAACAUUCCCGUGGUCCAAGCCUGAGUAUAUACAUAUAAACACGAACAGAGAAUAAAAAAGUUUCUCUCCACAUGGCCUUCACCGUAAGCCUUCAAGAAAGGUCAUGUAUUUAACCUAUUUCUUACCAUAUGCAUCAAAUCUGCCAAGCUGUUUGUAUGAUAUCUUUUCGAAUGCCGCCACCCUGCUCAAUUCGGUGAACCAUUCUUGACAUGAGGGAGUGCCAAUUGACUUCCAUCCUCUUAAGAAUUAUAGUUUGGACCCAGCUUUUUGUAUAUUUGUCACCUACUUUAAUAACCUCCCCAUCACCCAAUAUACAUAGUCCGGGGCAGAAUUAAAUUUGAGUAUCUAAAACCUCACAGAUAAAAUUCUGGACAUUCAACCAGAGUUCUUGAAUCUUGGCGCAGAACCACAGAGCACGGGCUAUGUCUCCAUCCUCUAAGAAGGUAAAGUGUGUCUUUUAAACCAAGACUAAACAAUCUAGGGGGUGUCUAAUAGAAACUAUGCAAAAUCUUAAACUGAAUACGGUGUACCCUUGCACCUCUAGACAUAGUUUUAAAAAUGUUUUACAUUUUUUUCCAAUUCCCCAUCCUUUAAUACCAAGUUCAAAUCUCUUUCCCAUAACCUCUUAAAAGCUGUUUAGACAUCAUAGAAUAACUCCAAUAACCAAGACUCUGAAUCAACGAGGAAUAAUACACUGAAGCUUCAUACCCCUUUCCAAAGGCUGUGAGCACCAUACAGAACUGCCUUAAGCGCCUCCCAUGCCACGCCCACAGAGGACACUAAGGAUCAAUUGGCCUCCACAUAAACAUUAACUUCUGUCUUUAACAUUUGUUGAAAUGUUCCCAAUUGAGCAAUCAGUAGCAAAUGGAAAAAGUGACUUGUAUAUAUAAAAUAAAUCUACUGUAGAGUAAAUCUUUUGAACUGAUUAAAAAAAAGGUGUAGUCCCUCCCAGAUGAAUUCAGAAGUCUCCAAAUAUCUGUAAGACCAAGAUUUUUACACAUCUUUUUUUAUUAUUUAUUUAUUUAUUUUUUUUUAAUUUAUUUUAUUUAUUUAUUUUAGCGCAAGAACGCGUUCGGUCUGAACAGCUCUUUUUCUGGGAAUUCUAAGUUUCUGUUGUUGU